AAUUGUUAUUGUUUCUUGUCCUAGCCGGCCGUAAUUUAUUAGCUGUUCAGAGUUUUCUCUUGGAAUUAAGCUAUUUUAUCCAAUUUUGAUUUGUUCGACUAGAACUAUAGAAUGAAAAUAUCAUUCUUAAUGUAUAUACCACCUACAACAUGAAAAAGACUAGAUUUUUGUGGAUUCGUGAUUUACCUGCAAAAUGUAAAGAUGCAGAUUUGAGAAAUGUUCUUGAAAGGCAUGGUGGUGGAUCAAUUCAAAAAAUUCGAUUAUUUAAAGAAGGUCAUAUGCGUCAUGCUAUAGUGACGUUUGUGGAUAUUAAGUCAGCUGCAGCAGUUAUUAAUACAGAGAAUAAAAUUAAUGAUUCAUUAUUAAAAAUGGAAUAUUGUGCUUCAGCUGAUACAACAAUAGGAAUUAUAAAUCAUAAAAAUAUCAAUUCACAUCGUAAUAAUACAGAAAUUACAAAUCAAUUGCCGACAUUUAAUAAUAAUAAUAAUAAUAACAGUAAUCAUAAUAAUUCGGAUCGUAAAACAGAAAAGGAGUUGAAUACUAACGCUCUUCAUAAAGGAUCAAAUGAUUCACAUCAUUCACUUCCUAACAAUGAUCAACUGGGAAGAGGACCACUGAUAUUUAAACGUACAACUAACAACAACACUUCAUCAAAUAUUGUUAACAAUGUUCAGAUGUUCAGUCAAGUAUUACGUCCAGUUCAAAGUUCCACAUUAACAACACGUAUGUCAAAUUCUUAUCGUGGUUUAAAAAUUAGCGAUCUCCCACCUCCAAGUAAAUUAUCUGACGCUCAUUUAAGACAAAGUUUAUUUACUGAAUUUCGACGAUGUGGUCGUAUCCAAUCAGUGGUUCUACCUCCAACAAAUAAUGGUUCAACAAAUACAACUAGGUUAGCAAUUGUAACAUUUCGACGUGCAGAAGAGGCCGAAUGUGCUUACCAAGCAAUUCAAGGUGGUGCUAAAAUUCUAUUCUCUACUCCUGUUUCAGUUGAAUUACAUCCAGGGUCAAAUGUUAAUGAUGAACUUUCUCUAAAACGUUCUUCAACUUCAAGUACAUUAAUUGGGAACACUACUAAGCCGAGUAGUAAUAAUAGUAGUGGUAGUAGUAAUAGUGACACAUUGAUGAAUUCACUGUCUACUUCUACUACCACUACUACUACAACACAAUCUGGACUAAAUAAAACUGUUAACUCUCAUUCAACUGAUGAUCAUUUAUCAAAUAACAGUCAAACAAUAACAACAGUAAAUAAAUCACCAACACGAACACUGCAUGUUGCUGGUCUUACUGUUGGACCUACUGGACCUGUUACAUCUGAACAACUGACGACGGCGUUCCGUAAAUUUGGUGAUAUCAUAAAUGUUCAACUUAAACCCAGUUCUAGUUCAGCUCUUAUUCAAUUCGCUGAAAUGCGUGGUCCUAUUCGUGCAAUGAAUGCUCAUGCUCGUGAACCGCUUCGUUUAGGUGGUCGACCACUCUCACUUGCUUAUACACCAAGUACACCGACAACUAGUUUAUGGAUAUCAGACCUACCACCUUCAUUGGCUAAUUUGACAGAUGAAGAAUUAUUACAUACGUUAUCACAAAUUUCUCCCGUCCAAGAAAUUGCACUUAUCAAUCGUACUGAUCAAAGUACACGUAAUCAGUCUACGCCAUUGAUUUCUACAUCUCCACCUCAUUGUGCAGCUUAUAUAAAAUUAAAUUCAACUGAACAUGCAAUUCGUCUAUUAACUGAAUUGCGCUGUUCCAAACGUUAUUCAUCUCCUACACCAACGAUCACUACAACUUCUUCUACAUCAACAACAGGAAAUACAAUAACUGGUCAGAAUGUAAAAACUUCAACACGACGUCCUAUAGCAGUUGAUUUUGCUAGUCCUAGACAAUCAAGCAUUGUCACUAAUCUACAGUUAAAUGCGUCAAGAUCAUCUUUAAAUUCUCAUCGUGUUCGAAUUAUUUCAUCAACCAAUAUUGUGGACCGAUGGGAUUCAUCAAAUAAAACCAGUAAUUUUCAACCACCUACCGCUUCUACAGCAAUCACGACAUUGACUUCGAAAUCGACUGAUUGCAAUAGUCGUAAUUCUUCUCCCGGUUCCGUAUACCCUCUCACUGUUCACUCAUCGUUGAAUACUAACACUAAGACUUCAUAUCGAACGUCAACACAAACAUUAACACAUCACACCUCUGGACUAGCCUCUAACCAUAAUCAUCAAAAAACCAAUUUGCUUAGUCAUCCUUUGACAGAUGUCUAUAGAGAAGUUAACGAGGUGAAGAAUAGUAGUAAUUUGUUUCUAGAAAAACAGUCUGAAAUAAUUUCAAGGGAAUGUUCCAAUCGAAAGUCAUCACGUUUAAAAUCUACCAAUCAAUCGAAUCAAUUAUCAGAUCGUACUUAUCACCAUCGGUUAAAACGAUCACAUGACAGUAGCCCGAGUAGCCUAAGUACCAGUAGCAGUAGUAGUAGUAGCAGUACAAGUGUGAGUAGUGAUAGUACUAGCAGUAGUAGUAUUAGUAGUACAUCAAUAUCAUCCUCAGGAAGCUCUAUAAGUGCUUCAUCUGGAGCAUCUUCUAAAUGUACUGGUUCAUCAAGUCGUCUUACCAAGGCUCCGUCUAUAAAAAGUAACCAUAAAUCAAAGUCCAUCGAUGCACAUGACAACAAACGUUCAGCUAAACUAUCGGAACGCAGUUCAUCCUCAAAUUGCGGUCAAUUAAAAGUUCAUAAAUCUCUAAGUACUGGAAAACUUAAAGAAAAUAAGUCCUGUAGGAAAACUGAUUCGUCACACUCGUCAACCACACAAAGUUCAAAGUCUGCUGAUUCAUAUUCAUCUUGGAUAGCAGAUACACCAUCUGAUUCGUCUUUUGUUCAACAACCUCUAAGAGUUAUGACAGUGAAUUCAUCUGUUUUAUCACCUAUUCGUAGUUCGGCCGCUAGUAGCGGUGGCCUCUCUAGUCCUGGAGGAUCUUCCUCUUCCAUCAUAGGAAAUAAUAAUAUCCGACGAACGCCGAAUAAUGGGUGUGAAACUCUACCUAACGGUUGUCAGUCCGAAUUUAUUGGUCCAGUACCUAAUCAUCAUUCGUCUUUGAGAUUAUCGACAUCCGCACAACCACUCGCUCAUACGCCUACAGUUUUAACUAUGAGCGAGUUUAGAGUUAGUCCAACUCCAACAGCUUGCUCUGUCAGUGCCAGCAGUGGAGUAAGCAGUGGUGGUCCUAGUUUCAGCAGUACAAAUAGUAGUGGAGGAGGCAGCACUGGUAGUAGUCCAUUAACAAGCAAUAAUUCAACAAUGAAUCACUUUCAAUCUGUAGUCAUCUCCAAAUCUAACUCCAAUAGCCAAAUUAAAGUUACUUCGUCAUCUCCUUCACUGAAACGCAAUGUUUCACAAUCCAAUGGUAAUGAUAAUUCUCACUGUGGGAAUACAAAUAAAUCGCGAACAUUCAGUGACUCUCCUUCAAGCUUAAAACUUCAUUUAUCUUCUAACCCUGCAUUGGCUUCAUCCUCCCCAGGUUCAAAUAGUCCCUCAUGUACUUCAUCUACAACACCGUUAACGGUUUCAAUAAAACUUACUGGUAUUAAUCGAUCGUCGCAGCCUAGUAAUUUAAUCUCUCCUUGUAGUCUUUCCGAAAAUACUGAGUUGUUUAUUUCAAACCAAGAUAAACAAAGUAAUGAUUCACUGCCCUUAACUCCAGUUUCAGCUCCUCCGCUUAGAUGUAAAACAUCUCGACAUACAUCUAUUGAUCCUAGACGUUGUAAUAUUGGAGUAGAAGCACCAACUGUUGGUGGAGCCACCAAUGAUAUUACAGAUUGGUGGAGUAGCGGAUCACCUGUUUAUGAGUCGAUGUAUGAUAAAAUUAAGCGUCGUACAAAUAAAGAAGCUGAAGAACGACGUCAACGACAACUUGAAAGUUUUUCUACCAGAGAGAAAAAUAGUAAGAAACAAAGAAAGAAAGAACAAUCAAACAAGUCUCCACCACAAUCCAAUAUUAAUAACAAUGUUCCCAUUUCUUCUCCAGAUUCGUUUAGUAAUGAGCAAUGUGGUAAAAUUAAUAACACCUUUUCAUUAAGCGGAAAAUCACAUCAUUCUAUUAAUUCAAAAUGUAAAUUCGAUGCUAAUAACCGUUCGUCUAACAAGAAGCAUAGUAAUCGUCAAAAAAGUGACACUGUUUCAAUGCAUUCUUUUCUCAGCGAUAGUAAUCAUCUGUCUCAAUGGCACUCAACUCAUAUACAUGCUGAUAAAAUUUGCAACGAUACAAAUGAGUCACAUCUUUUUUCACGAAGAAUGUCCAGAAAUUUAAACUCGAGAAAUAAACGUCGUCGAAGUAUUGUCAGCUCUUUAUCAUCUUCAUUAUCAAGCGAAGGUGAAUGUCACUCGAAUUCUCCACCGGAAACUUUAACUCGAUUAAGUUUGGGCAUGCGAUUCCCGGUCUCCGCUACUUAUCAUGAGUGUAUUCGACCAACUAAACCGUCCACUGCUGCCUCCGCUGCUGCGGUCCCAAACCGUAAAUGGUCAAAUCACCACCUUAGUGAUAAUGAUGAUGGUGGCGAAGAUGACGAUGAUGAUGAUGCUUUAAGUCAGUUAAGUUCAUCUUUAUCGUGUUCAACUAAUGAUAGUAAACUAGAUCCAUCAAAUUUAACAAAACGAAAACUUCAUUUUUCAACAAACAAGUUGAAUCAGUUGAAAAAUACAAAUUUCUCAAGUUUUAAUUCUUCUAAUCCAUUCAGUCGUAAUAAUAAUAAUUAUGAUAUAGAUCAUCACCGAUCUGGUGAACCGAACAAAAAGUCUAUCAGUCUUUCAACUGCAUUAGAAUGGAAAGAUACCGGGAAAAAAUCAAAAUCACACAAUAAGCAAAAUAAUAAAUGUUCCAAACAAUUACCUUCGACCAAUGAUAAUGAUAAACAUAAAUCUUCGGAAAAAUUAUCGUUUGUUAAUAGUGGUUUGCUUAAAAGGCAACGUAAUGAAGUUCUUUCACCAAGACCCACAACUACCGAUCUACAUCCUAAUAAACGUAAAAGAGUUUUAACUACACUACAAAAAAAUAUUGGUGAAAAUGAUUGUCCUAACCAAAUCUAUAAUCAUACAAAUCAUCAUCGACAUUUCACCUCACCGAAACACCAUCAUUCAACUUAUAGAAAACAACAUCAUAUUCACAGUCCAAAACCGUACUUUUCUGAUGAUGGCACUAUAUUAGAUUCUGAAGCAGAAGAUGUGAAAGGCAGCUUUAUAAGUUGUUCUGAUUCAGUAUCUCACACUACUGGUACAAGUGAUCAUCAUAGUAUGAAAGAUUCUUAUCUUCAUCAUAGAGGAGGAGAUAGACAAAUGUCGUCUCCUGUACAUAGUGAGACUGAUGAAUCCAAUGUAUUCGGUUUAGAUUCACAUAUUCACAGUCCUAAUUCUAGCCGUUGUCACUCAGACUACAUUAAUAGAAAACAAAAAAAGUGUUUGAGUAAUUUGUGCACCAUGAAUACCACUACUGCUAGUACUCUUCAAUCUAGAGAUGCAGAUGGUGAUUCUGCAUUUGAUGCUCUCCUGGAUUCAGACCGUUUUUCUGCCAAUUCCAAAUCUACUAUAUCUACUGAGCCGAUGGAACAAUGUGAACUUGAUGAAGAUGAUGAUGACGAUGCAAAUAGUCCAUGCUUGAAAUUCACUGAUGGUGAAGAUGAUGAUGAGUGGCGUUCUGGUAUAGCUUCAAGUUCACCGAAUCCAGUUCAUUUAGAAUUUGAUGAUGGUGACGAUGAUGAUGACGACGAUGAGGGUUGUGAAUUGUUAGAUAGUAAACCUGAACCAAAUACUGUUACUUAUCAAUCUGAUUCAUUUGUAGAAAAAUUGUCAAAUUCCAUUAUGGAGUCUUCAGAUGAAGAGAAACCUCAAGAUACUACUUUAAGACUACAAUCUUCUAUCAGCGUGAAUAAUCAGCAUUCUUUAUCUUCUUGUUCAUCAUGUGGUACAGGUGAAAAGAAAGUUGAUAGUAGUUUUAAUGUAUCCAUUAAUGAUAACGAUAAUGAUAAUCACGACAAAUUAAAUCGAUGUGAUUCACCCACAUUGUCGAACAAAAUGUCUCCAACUGGUGGAGAUCAACAAAUCCACUCUGAUGAACAUCUAUCAAUCAAGCCAGAAACAACAAACAAGCAACCGUUGAGUUCUGUCAUGAUUGAAGAAAUUUCAUCCAAAGUUCCUUCUCCAAAUCCAACUGAAUCAAAAUCUAAUAAAGCAGAAAAUUGUUCUCCUCCUCUCUUACAAACUAUUGUUGUUUCUCAGUGUUCUACUGUUCAUAGUUUUGAAAGCAAUAAUGUACCAUCAUUAAGUAAUAAUCAUGACGAUGUUGAUCAUUCAAAUGCAACAGGAACCAUCAGUUCCUUUAAACCUUCAGCUGAAAAUGUUACAAAUAAUGACUCUUCUACUGCAUACAUUACAUCUUUGAAUAAUCCUGUAGAUUCUCUAAAAACUAAUUUAUCUUAUUCUACUCAUUCAGAAAUAACAGUAGUCAAUGAAACAAGUCUUGCCAAGGAAAUAACAACAAAAUUAUCACCAAAGAAUGAUAUUUUUCACCAAAUAUCUUGUGUUCCUACUUCUAUUAUUUUCACUCAAUCAACAUCAUCUGUCUCACCACAUGAUUCAGUCUCUUUCAGUUCAGUAUGUACAUUUCCUAAAUUAAUUAACUCUCCCCUAAUUCUUGACAAUAAACCUGUAAACUUUAAAGCUUGCGAAAAAUCACCUGAAACUGUCAUUCAAGUAGAUCAUACAGUUCCACGUCAAACAUGCUUGAGUAAUGUAAAACCGAUGACAUCUAUAUCGUCUUCAAUGUCAUUGAAUUCUCAACCGACUGAAGUACAUGAUAUUACUCGUUAUGUUCAAAGUGUUAUUGAACGAGUUAAGGCUGAACGUGUUGAAGAAAAUCAACAGGCAGCUGCGGCUGCUGCUCAUUGUCACCAUUCUACUCACCAUCCAACUACCUCUUCAAUGUCGGUUCCUAUAUCAACGUUAUCGACUAUAUCCAUGAAUCAAACACCUAAAGUUUACAACGAACAAAAUACUUUGCCUGGAAUGGCUUCACCCCAUAAUAGGCGAUCAUACAGUGGUCAACGCCGUUCACUCCUUGUUACUGUAAGUACAUGUUCUCCAUCAAAAACUAAUUCUUCGUCUAGAUCUGCGAAGUUAGUAAGUCCUAAUGCACAUAUGUCUGGUCAUCCUGUUGCGACGUGCAGUGUUGAUUUACCAAGUGUUCAUGUCCCAAAUCCAACUAUACCCUGUACAUCUGGUUUACCUCAUCCUAAAAUAUCUUCUGAUCUACAACUACCCUCUAUUCCAGGAGUCAAUGCUUGUGCACCUCUCAACUUACCUGUUGGUCAGGUGAAUAGCACUCGUGUAACAAGGCAAUCAUGUGGUACACUUGACGGUUCACAAACAUCUUUAAAGCGACCUGAUAUUUGUCAUAACAAUUUAGAUACAUCUACUGCAUUACCUGUUAAUCAUGCAAGUCGUCGUCAAAGACGUUCUGAAAGUAAGGCAAUAUCAAACACUGUUCCUGUGAUAAAGGAUACCACUGUGUUUUCAUUUUCAACACCUACAGUUUUAACAUCUUCAACUGUAGUUAAUCCGACUUUACUUCCCGUUUCUUGUGCUCCAUCAACUCUAUCUACUAAAUCAACGGAACCUAUUAUUUCAAGUCAUUCUGUGAUAACGACAAGUUGUUCCCAAGUUGCGCAUAGUGGUGCAACGUUGUCCUCGGCUGAUUGUGUACAGAAAAUGAAAAGCUGUAAUAUUCACACAUCUGUUGAUCCUUAUGAACCGAAUUUUGAUGAAGAAUCACCAGUUGGUUUCAAUCCAGCUCAGUUACAUCAUCAUCGAUCAUCUCCGUCAUUAUGUCCAUCUCCUAAUUCUGUUCACCAAACUCGUAAAACGCCUUGUACUACAGCUGAAAACAUGACUACCACAAAUUCUCAAUCUCUUCCUUCUACAACUGUGGUGGUUGCCUCGUCAUCUUCACCAGUUAACUCAUCACCAGGACUUGUAGUGUUAGAUACGAAAUCUGUCAGACAUCCUGAGAUAAUUUCAUGCACCACUACUGCUUCAUUAUCUGUAUCUGAAUCUUCUGUGUUAAAUGUGCCACCGGCCACUUUUUGUGUUACUUCUAGCCAGUCUGUUGAUACAGUAGAUGAAGUGAUUAGUGAUGUAUGUGCUGGUCAUUUUGAUGUUCAGAGUUAUCUCAAAAAUUGGUCAUGUAAUACUGUUAGUAGUCCUGCUACUACUACGGUCGGAGCAACUAUUAAUACAAGUAAUAUUCAGUCAUCUAAAAUUUCUGUCAACAAUCCAUUACCACAUGAAUCUAUAUCGUUACCUAGUAUUUUAACCAAUAUAUCAACGUGUACUCCAACCAUUACUACUACUACUGCUACUAUUACUACUACUUUCCCUACUAUAAGUAUUACAACUAACCAGUCAUUACAAACGGUUAAUUCCACAAUAGUAACUAAUAUAUCAAACACCCCAACAGGAAUGCCAUUUUCUCUUCCUAUAACUAGUGAACCAAUUGUAGCCGCUGUUACAAUCCCGACUGGAAAAACUAGUAAUUUAGGCAAGAAUGAUUCAAGAAAUCCUAUCAAUAUUGGAACAGGAAGUGCAGUUCUCAAUACUCUUCUUGCUGCUUUACAACUUAUACCAGGUAGUCAAGUAACAGUGACUGGUCCAGCGGCAGCAGCUGGAGUUGUUGGUAAUAAUAAUUCACGUACAAUUUCUGCAGCAACUAUUACACUACCUGUGAAUGCAGCUCAACAGGCUGCUGCUAAUAUAAAGGCGGCUGUUUUAUCUGUCACAAAUCCGAACAAUAAUCAAGGGAAAGCAGCUAACAUUAACUGGAACCAACAAGAUUCAUUGAAUAUAAACAAAAACACGACUGAAUCUACUCACAAUGAAACUAAAGUUUCACAUGGAAUUUUUACUCCACCAGUUUGUGUAACCUCAGCAAAUUUAACCAAUACUGCACAUAAUAAUCGUUUAACUACUGCUACUCAUCAACUCAAUACUACACCAGUAGUUUCCACGUGUUCAGUCGCUCAGUUACCGUUUAAUAAUAACAUCUACGUAAACAGUAAUAUAAACAAUACAUCUUAUCAACAUCCUAAGAUAUUGCAAUCUGGCUGCACAAUGAGUGAAUCAGUUACUUCGAUUCCAACAACAACGUCCCAACUUUAUCCUUUACAAACGGCAAUGGAGUCUGUACCCGUGAGACCACAUUUGGCAUCAGCUACUACAGUUACUAAUAGUACUAUUGCUAGUAAUAGUAGUAGUAUUAGUACUACAUGCGACCAAUUAUUGAAUACUGCGCCCGUAUUCGCUUCGUGUGGUAAAUACACUAGUGUUACCCCGACACCAAUUUCACAACAUUCCUCUUUGGUGUCUCAUUCUCAACAAAAUAAUAACAUAUGCACAACAAAACAAUCAUUCGUUCCACCUCCAUCACCAAUCGUAACUAACGGUACUAGUCAUCCUCAGAUUACUUCAAGAACUGUCUCAAAUGCGCCACCUCCGCCUACAUCACCAGUUGUACUUGGUCGAAAUUCUGCUGUUUCACCGUUAGCCAAUCCUGUUUUGCAAACAUUAAUCGAUCGUCUGGGUGGUAAUGUUGAACCUUCUGUUGCUAUUGCACUAUUUCAUGCAGCUCUUAAUGGUUCUAAUAUGAGACGUAACCUUAAUGAUAAUACAACCGAUACACAAGUUAAUCCUUAUUUAAGACAUGUAGCUCAACAGUUUCUUGAUAAUCGGGGUUGUAGUGGUCCUGUCAAACCAUCGAUUCCAAUCAGUCAUUCUGAAUCUCAAGUUCACUCAGCUAGUAGUAUAUGUGCCAAAAGUUUGUCUCCAUCGCUAACUAUGCAGCAUAUUCCUGUGACUAAUAUCACUUACAGUUCAAGUCCUCAUCGACCUCCAGCUUCGGGACUUCCUUUCGUUUCUCCUGUACUAAUCAAUCCUGUAGAUCCUGACAUAAUUCAAGUUGAUCCUAGUAGCAAUAAUAUUAUAUCUCCACCGGUUGUCUCAUCUCGUCUUCCAGGAUCGGACCCACCUCCAAUAAAUAAUAUUACUACUCCUAAUUCUGAUGCCCAAUCUUGGAACACGCUUGGUUCAUCCUAUCCUUUAGUUUGGCAAGGUCGUUUAUCUUUGAAAAACAUGGAAACUCGUGUCGCUCUACAUUUUGUUCAAGGAAAUCAUAAUUUACUUAAUGCUUGUAUGACGUUACUAGCUUCUGGAGGCGGCGGUCAACCACAAUUCUCCUUAAUCACAAGUGGUGGACCUUUACGUAUAGUUCAAAGAAUGCGAUUGGAACCAGCACAACUAGAAGGUGUUCAACGUAAACUUAAUCAAGAAGGUGCUUCAUGUGCUUGUCUAGCGCUUCCUGCUGGCAGUAGUCCUGUUGAGUUAGCACAACAAACUCAAAUAUUAAAUGAAAAUUUCAUUCGUUACAUGCAAGAGAAAAUGGCUGCUGGUAUUAUCAACGUCGGGCAUCCAGAUUAUCAACAAGGACUUUAUGUUGUGCAUAUUUUUCCACCAUGCGAUUUUUCCCAUGCACAACUUGGCCUAGCUGCUCCGGAUCUUCAUAGACGUGUUGUACAGGCGAAUCAAUCUCAUUUACUAGUUGUUAUAACAACAGUUUAAAUGAAUGUCUCAUCUAAUAUCAUCAAACGUAUUUUAUUGGAUAAUAUGUAUACUAUAACUUAAUUUUUAUGAAAUUAGUUGAAUGAUUUAUUGUCAGUCCUUCACGCUCAUACAUAUAAAAUUUCAUUGCACAUACACCGGUGAGGCACUCGUGUUCAUGCAUAAUCCUUUUUUGUGAACUAACAAACAAAGAAGAAGUCUACUAUUGGAUUCUGAAAUUUCUUGAUAUGUGAAAUUCCUGUCUGGGCCUAAUUCGAAAGAAAACACAUCCAUACAUAUGGGCAGCAUCAUCGUUUAAUAUAUAUCUUUUUUUCUUUCCAAUCUACAUUCUUUUAAAGAAAAACACAACAUAAACUGCAAGAAUAAGAUUAUUAAAAUGUUUAUUGUGUAUCCUGUUUCGUCCUGUUUUUUUUUUUAUUGAUUCAGUUCAUUUCCAUUUUUAAGCCAUUCUACUACACUGUACAGUUGUGUAUACGUAUUUCCUUCUAUCUAUCUAUCUCUCUGUUUAUAUCUUUUUCUCCGUCUACUAUAUUAACUGUUGCUUUUCAUUACUUUAUGCACCUAGUUACUGCAUAGUUUGUUUCUUUAAAAAAAUGUCAGGGUAUAAGUUGUGUUACAUCGUUUAUCAUCCAUACCCCAUUCACAUAUUUCUUUCUUCACUAUUAUUCACCUAGAGAACACGAGUUUUAUUUAUUCUAAAUUAACCUUUAGUCAUGUAAAACACAUAUACACACGGGUACAAGCGAAUACACACAUAUAUACACAUACAGUUGGCGCCCUUGUUUACUAUUUAUGUGCAAUAAUUCCUGUUUAUAAUUAGAUUGUGUUCAUUUCCUUUCGUGAUUGUUUGUAUCCAGUAUCAUAUUUAUAUGUAUAUACAUAUAGAUGAAUAAAUAUAGGCAUCUAUAUGUGUGAGUGGUUGUACUCCUUUGUUUUUACAUCCCGGUGGUCAUUUGUCUUAGUAUCUUAUUGCUGUUACAUUGGUUAUGUUACUAUCCCGUAUUUAAUGAAACGUUACUUCAACAUUAAGUCGUGAUUAUUAUUAUCACUUUUGUUACCGUUAUUAAAUCAGUGCUAUUCGUCUCAAUGUUAUCAGUUUGAUCCAUCCAAUGUUAUUUAAAAGAGUAUAAAUACUAAUGGCUUUUUUAAAUCAAUACUUAUCAAUUAAACCUGUUCUCUGAGGAUGAUUCUACCUAAUACUACUACUACUACCACUACCACUGCUGCUGAUAUUGUGCUGUUAAUAUUCACCAUUGCUACUACUGAAGUAUUAUUUUCACCAUCAGUGAUAACGACGACGGCUGCACAGAUUUAUUAUCGUUGCUUCACUUCUUGUCAGUUCUCCAUCAAAUAACACUACAUUGUACAUUAAUAACUAUUAUCGUAUCGUGAUGAUCACAAUAUAAAAUCUUCUUACGACUAUUUAUUAUCAUUAUUAUUAUUAAUAUUAUUCUCAUUAAUAUUCGUCAUUACCAACAUCAUCAUCCAUUGAAGUGAUCCUAAUUGAAGAUGCAAAAAUUCAACUUAAACAAACAAUGUUUGCGUGUGUACAGUUAUGAAAAUGUCUCUUGUUUGUUUGUUUGUAUUUCUCGUUUCUUGUUGUAUCGCUCCUUAUUUGAUUUACUCUAUUCACAUUUUCAUUAGUAAAUAAGAACAAACGUGUCUGUGUGUGUAUACAAUGAGUUUAUAUGAGCAUAAAUGUAUGUGUCCCUAGUGGUUCCCUGUACAUUAUUUAUUUGCUAUAUUGAUCGAUUCCUCGUGUUACUUGCUCCACUCUAGCUUGAAUGCUGUUUGCUACUACUACCAUUACUAUCAACUCCUUUAUGCAGACAACACUUGUACACACAGUUAUUAUAUAUAUGCUUAUUCUUUUCCUUGCAACUUUUACAUUAGAAACACGAA